UCAAUGAGCUCGGGGCGCGCGCGGUGUGAGACGUGCGGUAAAUACUGAGGAGCAACUGACAGUGCGUGAUCAACAAAUAUUUUCUAUUUUUCUGAAUGUAUUUACAUCUGACAGCUACAGAGACACUUGUGCCAGAAUGCAACGUUGUUGUUGCUGAGCAUUGUGUCUGUGUGUGUGUGUAAAUGUGUGUAUGUGGACUUUGACGGGGACAGCGGACAAGGACAUUCUACUGGAAACAGUCACUCAGCGAUGUUUGGCACUGAUUGGCAUGUUUUUUUCCUAAAGACACACAGUCUGGAUUAACCGUUGUUCACAUGUAUGGAUUUUUUCCCUUUAUUUUCAUUCUUUUGAUUUUCUCCCUCUUUAUAUAGUGUUUUUUUUUUUUUUUGCUCCUACAGUUUUUCCUCGCUGAAGAACGGUGAGUCACUGCAGGCAGGCAGGCUGAAGGCGAGCCGCUGCAUCCUAAUCACACAGCGGAGAGCUCUGACUCCAGCUCAUUGACAUUACAGUCAUACUUUUCUCGAACACUUUUUUUUCAAUUUUGACUGCGCUGCACUGUAGCCUGUGUGUGCAUCAAGCAAGCGAAAGCCUGUGGAUUUUUCCUGCUCCUGCGCGCAGAGUGGAAGGAGGAUACGGGUGGAACCUGUAUAGGGAAUGAAACUCUCCUUGAACCCUGCUGGAACUGACUGUUUUCUCUUCUUUUUUUUUUAUUCAUCACUGCUUUAUUUAAUUCUUGGACUAUUGCAACAGUUUAUCCGGGUGGUAUGAGCGAAUGCUUACAAUGACUAUUCUGUUUGGAGACUGGAUCGCGAUUACUGCUCAGAUGAGUCUGGGCACUCCGCUGAAUAUAAAUUAGGGUCCUCAGCACCACAGAUUGCUCGAGCAGGCAGAGGAAGAGCGACACACAGCAAAGACAAUCUUCAAAGACAAAUGCCAAGGUCUCUCAUGAUGAACAGAACUCUUUUUUUGGUCCUGACUAAUAGAAAUACCAAAUUUGAACAUCAUAUCAACAGGUCAAAGGAAGCAUAAACGCAACGCAAUCUUAGCCCACAGCAGUUUUUACAGAGUAGGGAUGUAUCUUUCUAUUUUCUUUUUCCUCCUUUUAUGGGCUCAAGCCCUGACGUUGAAAAACUUGAAUUACUCUGUCCCAGAAGAACAGGGUCCGGGGACAGUGAUUGGAAACAUUGCCAAAGAUGCCAGACUUGGACUUGAACAGACUGGGCAGGGAGGACAGGGUAAGAAAGCCAACUUCAGGGUGCUGGAGAACUCAGCCCCACAUCUCAUUGACGUGGAUCCCCAAAGUGGACUGCUGUACACAAAGCAGCGCAUUGACAGGGAAACAUUGUGUAAGAGAAACCCCAAGUGCCAGCUCUCCAUGGAGGUGUUCGCCAAUGACAAAGAGAUCUGCAUGAUCAAAAUAGAUAUUCAGGACAUUAAUGACAACUCGCCCAUUUUCCCCUCUGAUCAGAUUGAUAUUGACAUUUCAGAAAAUGCUGUGCCAGGGACACGCUUUCCCUUGACCAGUGCACAUGACCCAGAUGUAGGAGAAAAUAGCCUGAAAACCUAUCAAAUAACCCGUGAUGACUACAACCUCUUUUCCUUGGAGGUAAAGUCCCGUGGGGAUGGGACAAAAUUCCCUGAAUUAGUUAUUCAACGACCAUUGGACAGAGAAGAGCGAAGCCAUCACACUUUAAUUUUGUCAGCCACUGAUGGAGGGGAAUAUCCUCGAUCAGGUACCAUGCAGAUAAAUGUUAAAGUUAUUGAUUCCAAUGAUAACAGCCCUGUGUUUGAUCAGCCCUCAUAUGUUGUGGAAAUACCUGAAAAUUCGCCACCUGGGAAAGUCCUUAUCGAUUUAAAUGCUACAGAUCCUGAUGAGGGAAACAAUGGACAAGUAGUCUAUUCUUUUAGUGGCUAUGCCCCAGAGAGAAUCCGUGAGCUCUUCUCCAUAGAUUCGAGAACAGGGGUCAUAAAGAUUCAGGGUGAAAUUGACUACGAAGAGAGCCCAGUUAUUGAGAUUGACGUGCAGGCAAAGGAUCUAGGUCCCAAUCCAAUCCCGGGCCAUUGUAAAGUCACAGUUAAAGUGCUUGACAGGAAUGAUAACUGGCCAUCUAUAGGCUUUGUGUCUGUGAGACAGGGAGCCAUCAGUGAGGCAGCACCUCCAGGCACUGUCAUUGCUCUGGUGCGUGUCACAGACAAGGACUCAGGCAGGAAUGGGCAGCUUCAAUGCAGAGUGCUGGGUAAUGUUCCCUUUAAACUUGAGGAGAACUAUGAUAACUUCUAUACAGUGGUGACGGACAGGCCCUUGGAUAGAGAGGUUCAGGAUGAGUACAAUGUCACAAUUGUGGCCAAGGAUAAUGGCAUUCCUCCUCUAAACUCUACCAAAUCCUUUACUGUAAAAAUUCUAGAUGAGAAUGAUAAUGUUCCUCACUUCACAAAGGCAGUUUAUCUUCUUCAGAUACCUGAAAAUAACAUACCCGGCGAGUACCUUGGUUCAGUUCUGGCACACGACCCAGAUCUUGGCCAGAAUGGGACGGUGUACUACAGCAUAGUGAACUCCAAUGUGAGUGGAGGAGACGUCAACACCUAUGUUAAUGUGAAUGCGGCUAAUGGAGCCAUCUAUGCCGUGAGAUCUUUUAACUAUGAACAAAUCAAGUAUUUCGACUUUAAGGUUCUUGCAAAAGAUGCGGGAUCUCCACACCUGGAGAGCAACGCGACAGUGCGCAUCAGCGUUCUGGACGUCAAUGACAACAUCCCUGUUAUAGUUCUGCCCUUACUCCUAAAUGACACUGCUGAAAUCCAUGUGCCGCGUAAUGUCGGUGUUGGCUACAUUGUCACCACAGUGAGGGCUGUGGAUAAUGACUACGGUGAGAGUGGGAGGCUCACUUAUGAGAUCUCAGAUGGCAAUGAGGACCACCUCUUUGAGAUCGAUCCAGUGACUGGGGAGGUGCGAACAGCACACCCGUUUUGGGAUGAUGUGAACCCCAUGGUGGAGCUGAUCAUCCGUGUAUCAGACCACGGCAAGCCAACUCUCACCGCCGCCGCCAGACUCAUUGUCAAGGCUUCCAAUGGACGUCCACCUGAUGGACUGCCUCACACAAAGGACAAUCAGAACUGGGACAUGUCCCUGCCUCUUAUUGUUACUCUAAGCAUCAUAUCCAUCAUGCUUCUGGCUGCCAUGGUGACCAUAGCGAUCAAGUGCAAGCGGGAAAACAAGGAGAUCCGAACCUAUAACUGUCGCAUUGCAGAGUACUCGCACCCUCAGCUGGGAAAAGGCAAGAAGAAGAAGAUUAACAAGAACGACAUCAUGCUGGUGCAGAGCGAGGUGGAGGAGCGGGAUGCCAUGAAUGUGAUGAAUGUGGUAAGCAGCCCUUCCUUGGCCACCUCUCCCAUGUACUUUGACUACCAGACACGCCUGCCACUCAGCUCACCACGGUCAGAGGUCAUGUACCUCAAGCCCACUGCCAAUAACCUCAGCGUGCCCCAAGGCCACGUGGGAUGCCACACCAGCUUCACAGGCCCAGUCACCAGCACUACAGACACACCUACUAACCGCAUGUCCAUCAUACAGACGGACAAUUUCCCCACUGAGCCUAAUUAUAUGGGUAGCAGACAACAGUUUGUUCAAAGUAGUUCAACGUUCAAAGACCCCGAGCGAGCAAGCCUCAGAGACAGCGGUCAUGGUGACAGCGACCAGGCUGACAGCGACCAGGACACCAACAAAGGCUCCUGCUGCGACAUGUCUGCAAAGGAGGCCCUCAAGUUAAAAGCUACUGGAGUGAAACCGCCGCCUCUGGAACAAGAUGAGGAUUGUGUGAAUUGCACUGAGGAGUGCCGUGUACUGGGUCAUUCUGACCGCUGCUGGAUGCCCCAGUUCCCCGCUGGAGGAAACCAGGCAGAGGGCAUUGACUACCGCAACAAUAUGUUUGUGCCAGCAGGGAUGGAAACUGUUCCCGAGACGGAGACCUACGAGACUGUAAACCCCAAUGGCAAGAAGACAUUCUGUACGUUUGGAAAAGAGAGACGUGACCACACUAUUCUUGUCGCCAAUGUCAAGCCCUACUUAAAGGCAAAACGGGCGCUCAGCCCACUUCUCCAAGAGGUACCGUCAGCCUCAAGCAGUCCUACCAAGGGUUGUUCCACCACAUCUCCUUGCUCAUCAGUCAAAAGCCCAGCUGAUGGGGCUGAAGGCAAACCUCCUCCCGCCACCUGCUCUGGGCACUAUGGUCCUCCUGAUGGUCAGUUCCUGUCACCAACCAAACAAAGCAGAGAGCAGGGGGUCUACCCGCCCUUGCCUCCCUCAGACCCAGUGGCCAAGGUGCUCGCAGAGGCACGCUCCCGGAUCAGCCAAGAGGCGACGGGCGAAAUAGAGUGUCCACUGGAGCAGAUGGAGCCCGACGCAAACCGUGACGGAAUGGAUGCUGACCAGGUAGUGAGAGACAUCGACAAACUAUUGCAGGACUGCAGAGGAAGCGAGGCCACGGGCACGCUCAGGAAGUGACACAGAGGACUGCAAAAAAAAAAGAACAAAAUGGAGAGGUAGAGACAGGAAUAGGAGGCUAUUCCAACAAACUCUCAUACAAAACUGUCACCAAAACGAAUCAAAAAGUUGAAUGACUCUUACCACAGGAGCUCUUUCCUCUGUAUUUGUUGUUGAAAAGUACCCACUCUGGUCCCAUGAUUGGAACAUUUAUUAUGUCAGUCACCAGUUUUGGUGCUGAGAUCCCUAUCAACAAAAAAAAAAAAGAACUUGGUUACAAACGUGAAUUCUGCUGAAUUUAUAAACUCUUUUUUUGUUGUUUUGGAUUCUUAAGCAAAUUGCAGAGGCCUCUGCCUCUGGCACCUCGCAAGCUCUUAUCUAAGUGCCCACCAGCUCAUAAGUGUGUUGUUCAUGGUCUCUCGUGAAACCCAACAUUUCUCAGUGUGCAUAGAUGGAUUUUCUGUUUUGUGUGAUGGCCAUAGAAACUGACUGAAAAAAAAAAGGACUACUCAUGGUCAGACGUGACAAUCGACACCGAAACA